AUGUUAAUAAAGAUUUGUACAUCAAUUGAACCUCAUUCAACGACCGAAGAAGAAGAAGAUGUUGUAUUCAUUCCAAAUAUGUUGUUAAAUACAAAAUCGAAUAAAUAUAUUGAUUAG